AACAGGACACACCUGACAAUGGAUGUGACAUUCAGCACUGCCCAGGUUUCUUCCACUUGGAAGAGGCAAACUGGUGAAUGGAAGGAGGCAAUCCUCUGGCAGUGGGAAACUGCCUUGGUCGCACUGGUCGAUGAUCUCCGCCGGGCUAGGGACAAAGGUGAGAGCUGUUUCCUAGUUCAGCUUGAUUUCUCAGCGGCCUUUGACACCAUCAACCAUAACAUCCUUCUGUUUGUUUGUUUGUUUUUUAAAUGAUAUUUAUUGAAAUUUUUUUGAAUUACAGAGAAAAAACAAAGCAGAAAAAGAAAAAAGAAAAAACAAAGAAAAAACAAACCACAUCCAACAAUACAAAUUCAAAAAACAAAAAUACACCGCAAACAGACAAAAACAAAUCCAUCAUUCUCAAAUCCUCAACUCUCAUUACCUUCUUUCUUUGACCUCCUCCUCCUCCCUUUUUUUUGUAUCCUAGUUAAUAAUUAUCGCAGCAAAUCCUUUCCAUAUUUCAUAAUAUUCUGUCUUUACAUUACCUUAAUCUAUUUUCAUCUUGUCUUAUAGAAACCUAAAAACUUAAACUUAAAUCUUAUUUUUACCGACUUCUCACAACCGUAGUAUUUCUACCUAAUUCUUUAAACAUUUUUACUAGAGCCAAGUAAUUUCGUUCCAACAUUUUUCUAACAUUCAUCCAUUUUAUAAAACAAUCCUGGUAAUAAGAAGAAAAGAAAUAAAAACAAUCCAAUCUUCAUCCAGCGUCCCUUCCUCCUGGUCCCGGUUUUUGUCAGUCCUUUUUUCUCAUCAAUCUAGCACAUUAACCUGGUAACCUUAUAUCCGAGGCCCUUAAGUCACUUCCAUGUCCCUUCCGCAGCUCUUCUUCAUAUUCUCCUUUCACUCAUGGGACCUCCAGCUUGGUGAUGUUUUUGACCCUUUUCAACAAAUCAGCCCCUUUUCCAUAGUCCAGACUCAAUUCCAUGUGGUAUUUAAAAACAUGUUUCAGAAUCCCUCCAAAAUUGAGAGCCCCCACAGCUCCAAACAUCUCACGGCCCAUUGCCAGACUCGGAAAGUCCAAACAUCCCUGCAUAGGGGGGUCUAUCCAACCCCCCAUUUCCAAACCAAUCCAAACUUUAUCUUUCCAAAUCUGGCUUUUUCCAAGUUCAUUUGUCAAAUCCAAAAGCUCAUGUUCCUGCAAGGCCGCAGCUCCCUCCAUAUCUGGCGCCCAAGAUUCAGCAACAUCCUCUUCUCUCAUCUGCUCUGUCAGGACGCACUCCUGAUCUGAUUCCUGGGUGGGCUCCACAUAGUUUCCAACUGCCUGUUCAAAAAUUCUGACCGCAUUAGUCAUCAAAUCCAUCUUCUCACUUAACUGUUCCAGUAGGGCACUUAUUUUACAGAGAGCACACAACAGAGCCUCUGAAUACAUUGUCCUACAAGGUCACAAGUCCAUUCCCACGAUUGUAAUCUGUGACAGCUGCAAGCUCCCUAGAAUUAGUUACAUUUUCACAGUCUCCCUCUAGGGGGAGAACUUCUAUUUGUUCUUGCAACAAAGUAUCCUUUUUGAGAUAUUUGGUCAAUAUUUGUUCCUUUAAAGUGCGAAAGGAAACAAUGGAAUCACUAUGUUUCUCUUCUUUUAACUAUCUGUCAAAAACGUUUGUCUCUGGUCAGUGAGCUUCAAACGUCAGUCCUGACACCCCGCUCCAGGAUCAGGACGGUGGAAAGUUACUUUACUUUAAACUCACUUCUGCAGGUUUAAACAGUCCAAAAAAGAUCCCCCUUCUUCUCCUGCUGCCGAAGGGGGGUUCAACAAUUUUAAAUGAUGAAAGCCAAUCCUUUAGAAGCGAUUUUCUAAGCUCUAGUUUACGUUGUCUUUGCUUUAUUCUGUCUACAAAGAAACGGAAGGCUGACUUCCUGUUUAGACCUUCCCGUUUCAGUACCAAAUUGAAGUAAAUCUUUAAGUCCAAUUCCUUUCUGCUCUCAAGUCCUUAUUUAAAGUCCAAUUGUUCAAAGUUUAAGUACUCACGGGUGCUUAUUUUAGAAGCCAAAUUGUCCCAGGAAAAAGGCAGCGCUCUCCGGCAACGGCUAUGCGGCUUCGCUCCACGGAAAUAGCAGUUGACUCACAGCACCGUGCCACUUCCCCCUCUUCACUUCGGAGCCCGUUAGUGGGUUCCUUUGCAGGUUGGGGGGGGCGCUAAGGGUGCCCGCCGAGUCCCACGGUCACAGGCUUCAUCCGCCUGUGAUUUUUAACAGGGUCCCCGCUUCGCCGUAGCAGAAAGGACCCGUUUCAUGCAGAGCUAAUCCCUCCAGUUCAGAGGGAGUCCGCCAUUGCCGAUGGCGCCACCCCGGAAGUCCAACCCUAACAUCCUUCUGGACCGUCUAGAGUGGCUGGGAGCUGAAGGCACUGUUAUACAGUGGUUCCGCUCCUUUCUCCUGGGCCGUGUCCAGAGAGUGGUGUUGGGGGAUGAGUGUUCAGACCCCUGGGCUCUCACUUGUGGGGUGCCUCAGGGUUCUGUCCUCUCCCCCAUGCUCCCCAACCGCCGACCUUCCGAUCGGCAAGCCCAAGAGGCUCAGUGGUUUAGACCACAGCACCAGCUGCUCCCAUUAUUUACCUUUUACCUUUAUUCUAUUGUAAAUUGGUCUAACUCAUAAAUGAAUAAUCAUAGAACUAUAGAAUACCAAUGUGAAGGGGUUCACUGAGUCAAAGCAGAGAUACAGUAGCAAAUCCCAGAUUUCUUUUCAGUCCCCUUCCUAAUUAUCCCUAGCACAAAAUUUGCCAUUUUCAUAGCUGCUGCACAUUGGUUCAAUGUCUUCUUUGAGGGAUCCGUCACUAUCCCAAGGUCUCUUUCCUGUCCAAUUCAAGCCCCAUCAGUGCAGAUGUAAUGUUAAGAUUCUCCAUGUGUACUAUUUUGCAUUUACUUACAUUGAAAUGUAGUUGCUGUUUUAAAGCAUUGUCACACCAUUUGGGGAGAUUCUUUUGGAGCUUCUCAGAAUAGUUUUUUCAUUUUUAUCACUGUGAAUAUUUGGCUGUCAUCAGCAAACCUGACCACCUCACUGCUCAACCCCAAUUGCUACUUAGAGUAGGUGCUCUCUAUAAUCUCACAUCCUCAUGACUGUAAUGAGGAAAACCAUAUUAAUAUUAGCUCUGUAAUUCACCCUGUCUGAAGUGCAGGUUUCUGAAAGAAUUUCUACUGCCGUGAGUUAAAUUCCCCACCCCACCCCUUUUCCUUUGCUUAUGCUACCCUGGGCAGCUAGGUGAAGGUGAAGGUAAAGGGACCCCUGACAAUUAAGUCCAGUCACGAACGACUCUGGGGUUGCGGAGCUUAUCUCGCUUUACAGGCCAAGGGAGUCAGUGUUUGUCCACUUCCGCAGACAGUUUUUCUGGGUCAUGUGGCCAGCAUGACUAAGCCACUUCUGGCAAAACCAGAGCAGUGCACGGAAACGCCGUUUACCCUUCCGCCGGAGCGAUACCUAUUUAUCUACUUGCACUGUGUGCUUUCUAACUGCUAGCUUGGCAGGAGCUGGGAUCCAACAAUGGGAGCUCACCCCAUCAUGGGGAUUUGAACCGCCAACCUUCUGAUCAGCAAGCCCAAGCGGCACAGUGUUUUAACCCACAGCGCCACCCUCAUCCCUACUCUGGGCAGCUAGUAAACACCAAAGCUAAGAUCACAUAAAGGAAGCAUGCUAUAUUUUGGUUACAAAAGAAUUGGCAUUUGGUUUUCUAUACAAUAUUCCUUAACUGUAAGAUUGCAUGGGCAAAAAAUAAAAUUAAAUUAAAAAAAUCAGAGACGAUGAUAGCAGAUGAUUAUUAAAACUGCCCUGUAGAAUCAACAUUUACAGAGUAGCGAUAAAAAUAAUAAUAAAGGAGAUGACAUUUUCUUCCAGGUUAUUUGGUUCAACGUGAUGGUGCUAUAUGCAUAGAAUCCACCCAAAACAAUUCCCGCACAAGCCCUAUUAAUCUAAAUAUCAAUGGAAAGGUAUCUCUGAGCUUGCACAGAAGAUGCUCAUGGCAGAUUGAGUUGCACAUCAUCAAACAACUUCUACUUUAGCUCAUUAUCUGCUGGAUAUGUGUUGCUUGUGUUUGUUUUAUGAACUCCUCUCCAUCCAGCAGGGUACGCAGAAAAUAAGCUGGCGAGCCACAGAGAAACAGUGUCAUGAAAUGUCUUGUCGUCUUUUGAGUGUGUGUGUCUUACUGAAAAUUCUACCCAACUCCCAGAUCCUGAAUGCUGCACAAUACAUUCCUUUUACAGUGUUCAAAUGCAAUUCUGGCUAUAUUUCUAUUUAGAGCGAUAUUACGGAAUUUCCAUUUAAAUGUUAAUUUUUACAUUAUUUCCCACUUUCUAUAAAUGCCUUGGUGACUUGGGGCAGUGCUUGGAAGGUUUAUUUUUAAAACAGAACUAGUUCAGGUUCAUCUCAUACCAAAAGGAACUAGUUCCAAUUAAAUUUUGUACUUUUGCUAAACGAACUAGUUCAGCCCAAGUUCAUCCAAAGGAACUUUUUCAUUCAUAAAAAGUUCAUCAUGUUACAAACUGCUGUGCUGAAGUAAAUCAGAGGGCUCACACACAAGUAAUAAGAUGUCUAGAAGACAGGAUGUCAUCAAGUGAAGCUUUCCCCAUAAUUGCAUUUUUACUAGAAAAGGCUUGCCCUGUCUAUUUUCUGCCUGCCACAUAGCUCUUAAAGGCACAAGGUGUCAUUGACUUUAGUCCUGUCCCUCUGGUUCUCUCUGAAAACUGUUCCGAUGGAAGAAUGCAAAUCUUUUCAGCAGGGAAGAUGCAGGAAAUGUCUCAUUCUAUCCCUCUGAUAGCUUAGCAACAGUGAUUAAGUGGCUAAGCAGCCUUACUAAAAGCAGCACCUCUGCAGCUGAACAAUGAGCCAUAGAUUGUUGUCUCUGUGUUUUGUUUUCAAACUUUAUAAAUGCCUGAUUGACUUACAUUUGUACUUAAUUCACCUUUAGUUCACCCAAUGAUUAUUGGAACGACUUCCACAUCUACUAGCGAACUAGUUCAGUGAAGUUCAUUUUGCUAAAUUAGUUCAUUCCAAACAUUGGCUUAGGGUAAACUUAGAGCACUGGUCCCCAUUUGAACUCUGUCAUCCAGCUGGGUCCUAUUUAUUCCAGAUAAGUCAAAGGGGAGGGAUCACAGCUCAGUGGCAGAACAGGCAUUUUGUGUGCAGUAAGGCCCAGGUUUUUUCCGUGCCAUCUCCAGUUAAAAUGAUUAGGGGUUGUAUCAGGGGAUCAACAGAAGUAGAGUUUCCAGAUCAAGGGAAGUAAUGGUACCAUUUCAUUCUGCCUUGUCCUGACCACACCUGGAACACAAUGUCCAAUUCUGGCCACCAGAAUUUAGGAAGGAGGGCAACAAAGAUUAUCAAGGGUCUAGAAGCCAAGCUUUAUGAGGAACAGUUGAAUGAGCUGGGUAUUUUUGGCCUGGAUAAGAGGAGACUGAGGGGAGAUAUGAUAGCCAUCUUCAAAUAUCUCAAAAGCCAUCACAUGGAAGAUGGAAGAAGCUUGUUUUCUCCUUCUCUGGAGGAUAGGGCUCAAACCAAUGGCUUCAAGUUAUAGGACAGGAGAUUCCAACUAAACGUAUGGGGAAACAGUCUGACAAUAAGAACUGUUUGACAGUGGAACAUUCUCCCUUAGGAGGUUGUGGACUCUCCUUCUUUGGAGGUUUUUGAGCAGAUGUUGGAUGGCCAUCCGUCAUGGAUGCUUUAGCUGAGAAUCCUGCAUUGCAGGAGGCUGGACUAGAGAACCCUUGGGGUUCCUUCCAACUCUACAACUCUACGGUUCUAUGAUGGGAAAGACCUUUGCCAAUGAUCCUGGAGAGCUGCAGCCUAUCAGUGCAGAUGGUUCUAGGCCAGAUGAACAAAUAGUGUGACCUGGUAAAAGCCAACUUUCUAUUGUCCCAUGACAAUACAACCACCCAAGCCUGUAGUUUCCAUUUUCAAUGCUCCUGACUGUGGCGUUCGUAUGGAGCCCCCGGUCGUCUCACGGACUAUUGACCCAUCAGGUUCUUAAGUUAACAACGAAGAGUGUAGUUUAUUGCAAACACAAAUAAACUUGAACUGCAUUCAAAACAUUGUUAUUGUUUACCUUUUUAGUCUUAUUUUAUUCUGUCCCUAACUCUUCUACCUCCCCUCACACAAGAACCAACUGCACUAACUGUCUAAUUCCAACCGUCUGCCAACUGCUUUCCCAACUGCCUUUUCCCAACUAACCAACCAACCAACUACCAACCCAAAACUCGGGCUAAGCCCUUUUAUAAACAGGUUGGCUCCGCCUCUGGCUUUUCUACUGGUCUACCUAUUAACUCUUUCUCUCCCCCUGUACAGACAUUUUAAAAAGAAUGGGCAAACGCCACACUGACCUCCCCCCUUGUACACUUACAUCAAUUCAGAUCUUCCAUGGGCAGGUAUAAUCCAUAACUCUAAAUGACCAUCAGUUUGAGUUGCUGUGGCUUAUCACACUGCUACUGUUCUCACCUGGGAAGGGGCAUCUCCUUCCAACCCUGUGUCCAACCUUGAUGUCACCAAUCGUACUCAAAGGCAGCAUUUGGUGCCAAUUGAAUUCUGAGUGCCCCUGAUAAGUAAUAUGAAAUCGAAAUAUGGAAUAGACGGGAGGUUGGGUGUUAUGUACUGAAGUUCUCACCCUGGGCCAGCAGGGGGAUACUGUAGAUAGUUAUGCAAAUGAAGGAUCAAAAGUGACGUUCAGUGAUUGGAUAGUUUUAGAAAGUUGCUACAGUAACGUUGUACUGGAGCUGUAUAUAAGCAGGUUGACUGAGCCCUUCAGCUCAGUUCUGUUCCGGCCUCUGAAUAAACAAGAGCUGUUUGAAGAAUCGCUGUGUCAUCUGAUAUGUUCACCCACAACUUAACAUUGGGUCUUUAGUGUUAAGACCAAUAUAUGUUUUAUUGUUUGUUAAGAAAAUUAUGUGUCUAUGGUUAUUCCUGUGUGUAAUUUGGUAUUUGUGGUUUUUUUUCUUUUUUCUUGCUAUAUCAAUAAAAAUUAAAAAAAGAAAAAAGAAAAAAAGAAAAGAUUUCUGAGUGCCCCUGGCUCUUGUAUCAAAACUGUUUUGCACAUACCUGUAGCAGCUGUACUGGCCGUAGGAAGGGACACAAAUCUCAGAAAGUGGUGUCAGUCAGCAGUUUCUGAAACUUUAGCAAAAUGUCAUUAAAACAGCAUGCUGUUUUAUAAAGUAAGAACUGAAACAUCGAAAUGAGGUUGAUAAAACUCAGAAGCAUUCUACCUAAUCCUGAAGGCCUGUUUAUGGCUGAAAUGAAAUGCAUUACAGAUUCCCCUCUCCUCUCUCCGUGGGAAAAACGCAUUCAAGUAUGUUUUCUAAAAGUCUACCCAUUUUGGGGAGACACAGCCCACACUUUUGGAAGGCGAAAACUGCUUUGGAGAGAAGAAAGGUGUUGGGGGGGGGAGCUUCCAUUUUCUUCUAAUCUCUAUGAAGUGAAAAUCUGUUACUUAUUUGAUUAGCUCCUGUUCAAUGAACUGAACCCAGUGUUCAAAGAAAUACAUUUCUGAAAAUGGCAGAGCAACUACAUUCGGUUAUAAAAUAUGCACAGGCUACAGAAACAUUGGAAUGAUUGCACACUUCAAUUCAUUAGAAUGGCUGCAACUUCUCAGCUUUGCCCCAUCGACUCACUGAGGUGAACGGUAACAUUACAGGAUCCCAUUUUGAAACCAGACGUGUGGAAACCCGCAAGAAGUGUGUUUUCAAGGUUAGGGAAGAGAAAGUUAUAUGCAUUUUUCUCCAGUUUUGACUGUGUGUCACAGUGUUCCAGUAAAUCAUCUUUGCUGCUGAAUUACACAGAACUAGCUUUUUUUUUUGCAACUGCUAGUAUAAAUUCAAAGACUUUACAGCUUUGUGUUUGUGAUUACUGAGGGUACAAAUGAAUGGAGAGGGAUGGUAAUCUCAGCCACGGAUCUGACUUUGUGACCCGAUCGCAUUCACACUCCCAUUUGCACUGAGGUAUACACAUGAAUGUUUAUAGCAUUCCCUAUCUGUAAUUUAAAUGGGACGCGGGUGGCACUGUGGGUUAAACCACUGAGCCUAGGGCUUGCUGAUCAGAAGGUCGGUGGUUUGAAUCCCUGCGACAGGGUGAGCUCCUGUUGUUUGGUCCCAGCUCCUGCCCACCUAUCAGUUCAAAAUUAUGUCAAAGUGCAAGUAGAUAAAUAGGUACCCCUCUGGUGGGAAGAUGAACGGCGUUUCCAUGCGCUGCUCUGGUUCGCCAGAAGUGGCUUAGUCAUGCUGGCCACAUGACCCAGAAGCUGUACGCCGGCUCCCUCAGCCAAUAAAGCAAGUUUAGCGCCACAACCCCAAAGUCAUCCACAACUGGACCUAACGUUCAGGGAUCCCUUGCCUUUAUCUGCGAUUUAUCUCUUGUAAAAAUGACCCCUAAGAAAAUUGGACCCUGGAUGUUUCAUUUUCCAGGGCUAGGUACAAGAUCUCACCCCAGCCUUCCUCAUUACACAUACAUUUGUAUACUUGAAGAUGUCCUGGACAGUGCUUGCAUUUCCCGCCUUCACAACAAACGGGAGAGAUAGGUCAUUAACAUUUCCACUGUACGUAUGAGACUAAGAAGAAUGGUCUAUCCCAUAGGCAAGCCCAAGAGGCUCAGUGGUUUAGACCACCCGCUCUCCUAUCAUGCAUUGAAUCCACAGUGGAAGUAGGAUUUGAACCCAGGGCUACAAUUCAGCAAAUUUAUGUGUCUACAGGGGGCGGGGGGGUUAGGAUACAAUGAUGGGAUUGCAGCUGCCAUACUUCUAGAGCUGGAUACAUUGUAAAUGGUGGCAAUCUUUUGCAACAUGAGGACCCAAGUCACCAGGGCUCAGAUCUAAGAUAAAUUUAAGGAAAUCCGCAAGAGGAAAAGAUAUUGCCCCCUCUUCUCCCUGCAGCCAUUUUCCCACCCCCAAGACACUCCAGAAGUUUGAGGACCUUCCUGGACAAUAUGGGGCGGAAGACGAUUCAAUUUUGGAUGAUUCUUGCCUCCCCCAGCAGUCUGCAAUGACCCUUUCUUUCCAUGUUGUUUGAGACUUUCCAGAGCAGCUUUCGAGGGUUGCAGGUAUGUGCAGGAAGCAGGAGGAGGUAACCUUUCACUCUGGGAACUUUCUUAAGCUAAUUUAUCUUAGGAUCCAAGUCCAUGGAUAUUAGUUAUUUAUUUAAAUACUUUAAAGCAUUUUUAAACCACUUUCAAAAAAAUAAUAAUUCUCUAAGUGGUCUACACUAUGUACAAUAUUUUAAAAAUCCAUUAAAACAAAAAUACAGCCUAAAGUAAAUAAAGCAACAGUAUAAUGAAAACAUAUAAAAUAAAUGAAAUAGGGAUUCAAGGAAUCCAUGCACAUAAAACAGGGUCCAAUGUUAACGGCUUGGGGGAAUCUUGCACUUUCCAAGGUGUGGAAUUUAGAGCUGAGACAUGAAAAAAAGACCACAAUUUUCACCAACAUUCUUUUUUUGUGACACCUGCCAUUUCCGCCCUCUGCCCCAAUGUCCUAGAACAAAUGUAGGUUUGGAGCAUUGUGAAGGACACUGCAGUGGAAGCAAAAUAAUAAAAAAAGAGAGAGAAAGAUUGGCAAAUACCAUUGCUAAUGGUGAGAAACCAUAGUUGGUGAAUGUCUCCUCUCCCUGUAGAGAGUUGGUAAAAUUCAGUUUCUCUUCCCACAAAUGGGGUGGAUAAUUUUUAGAAGUCUUUUGUGCCCAACCCUAUUAGAAGCCGUGGGGCAAAAGCAGGCUAUCUGUACAGAAAGAGGAAUAAAAAGAGUAUUGCUUAUAGAUGAGCCAGUAAUGCAUAUCAGCACAAAAAUGACAAACUUUUAAAUAUAGCGUUGCACUUGUUCUUAAAAAAAAAAAAAAUGCAAUUGGAAUCUGUUCCUAGACAGAUCCCAAGUUAUGAUGAGGAACAAUUCAUUUGCAUCUACUGACAAUCCCCCCCCCCCCGCUACACACAAGUAGUAGUCUACAAACUGAGCCACACGUGCCAGCCAUAAGCCGAAACUCUACCAACGCUGGGUGAAUUAAAGACAAUCCUUUUAUAAAAAUGGAAACCUAUGAGCAAUACUGAACACAUUACUAGGCUUUUAUGCUAGAUUCCCAGAAUUCAAAUUAUAGUUCUGGUGAGACUUCUGUGGUUGCAUACCUGUUUUGUGGGAGCAUCAAUAAAGGUUCAUAUUUCCUGUGUGUGAUGCAGGUUUUAAUAUCUUCCACUGAAGAAUUACAGCUACAUAUAAACUGCUGAUUCUUUAGGGGGUACAAAUGCCCCCAAUUGUUCAUCCUCAGGACUGCAUAUAUGCUCCAGACAAAUUAACUCAUUUCCUGGAGUAUUUUAACAUUCCCUUCAUGAGUUUUUAAUUUUCUCACUAAAGUAUGGAGAAAAAUGCAAUUGGCUGCAACAAAGAGAGGGGGAAGAUGGUAUUCAGUUUCCUUCUGUACACAAAGGGAGAGGGAAAACACCUAUGUAACUGAUCUUAAUAAAAACAAUGAUAAUCUAGUAGCUCUGGGUUACUUUAACAUUUAAGUAAUAUGAGAUAUCAAGGUAUGAUUAUAUGUCUUAUUUGUUUUAAAGUGACUCGUAGUCAUUAAUAAUCUUAUUCUUCAUGAAUUUGCCCAAUCCUCUUCCCAGGACUGACCCACUCAUGAGGCAGACUGAAGCAGCCACAUCAGGCAGCAGAAUUCCAUGGGGCAGCACCACCACAUUUGCCCCAUCCCUGCCACUGGGGUUGCACCAUGGCAGCGGCUUUCAGCAAAAUCUUGCAAGAUCUCAUUGGAAGCCACUACAGCCUCAUGACCCUAGUGAGUGAGGCUUCAGUGGGGUGGGAGGGAGACAGCAACACCUUCCUGUUUCACCUCUUGGCAGUGCUGGAUUUAUGUAUAGGCUAAGUAGGCUGAAGCUAAUGUCUCUAAAUCUAGAGGGCCUCGCCAGCCUGCCCACUCCCCAGCAGGCAAGCUCCCCUCCUCCAAAAUUGCAAACCCAAGACUUCAUGAGACUCUGGGCUAGCCAGUGGGGCCCAAUUUGAAGCAGUGGGGCACAACUUGAUUUUUUUGUUGUUGUUGUUCACAACCAAAGUCUGCAAAAUCUUAUAGAUAUAAAUAAAAUCCAUCUAGAUUGCCCUGGUGCGGGGGGGCCCUUAGGAACGGCACACGGGGCCCAAUUUGGCCAAAUUGCUCCAAUUGCCUUAAGGUCAGCCUUGAUGAGACUGUGCAGGAGUUGGACUCACAAACCCUGCACCUUCUAGGUCCCUGGUGUCACUAUUCAGAGUACAGACUCAAGGACUUGUUAUGGAAAUAAAGAGGGGAGCACUUAUUGGAAAUCAGUUUUGUCACCUCCCCCCACAAACCGCCUGAGACUAUGAGCCCAGCCACCUUUUAUUCACAGUCACAUAAGCACUACACUACAGCAUGGCCAUAAACCUGUACGUUCAACCGCUGAAAUAUACACCCAAUAUGUAGCAAUGGAGAUUUAUGUUACUGCUUUAUGAAUGAACGUUGUGUUUUAUGACUGGAUUCUGUAUUUUGUGAAUUACCUAAGAGCCACCAAUAGGGAGCUCUAGAAUCUGACAACUAACCAACUGGGUACUACCAAACAGCGACCCCUAUUGCUGAAAGCAGGUAACCAGCAGGGAACACUUCAGCUCAGCCUUUGCACUGUUGACUGAACACCCCCUGCAGUGCAGAUAAUGGAGAAAGCUCAUAAAUUGUAUCCCUUCUGACAUCCUGGCCAACUCUAUUACACUGGUGUAAACCCUGGUGCCCCAGAAGCUCAGAACAGCAGCAAAUAAAAUCUGCUCAUACGUCAGAGACUGAUAAGACUUGUCAACCAGCUCUUCCAAAGUCUCCCUAAAUUAUAAAGCUCCAAAAUACAGGCUGAAAGAGAGCAGGUCUGGAAAGAGCAGGGCAUACAAUGGGCACCACCAGUGAAAAUGCCCUGCUCCAUGUAGCUCCUGCUUUGUCAUUUGAUAGGCUGCCCACUUGCCCUCCUUCUUGACAUGGAAUGCUCUCUAUUGGAGUCUCCAGAUCCAGUACAAAGACCAUAAGAAGGGAGAGCAGGGACACUGAAGUUCCCAACAGCUGUUAAUCAAGCAAGCAAGCAAGCAAGCAAGCACACAGGUCACCUUUGUCACAGGUAUGUCACGCCUAUGUCCUGGCCAGGCCUGCACCCCAUCUUGUUUCUGUACAACAAAUGGCAACAAAAUAUCUGUGAAAGGAAGAGGAGCAGGUUUGCUCAAGUGUGUUGCAGGUCAAAAUACUGUUUGUAAUGAUGUGAGAGCAGUAGUUUACUUGCUCGAAUUAACAAAUAAGAAAGUUUUGAGAAUUUAAAUUCUAGAUUAAAAUUGAUUGCUUAAUUGAGAAGGGAAUUGUAAGAAAAACACUGGGGCCUAAAUUGAAUAAUAGAGUGCCUGGUAUCUGGUGGGCAAUAUCAUCCUUUAUUUCCACACUGUGGCUGCAGACCAAAGUAUUUGUCAGGAGAGGUAUGAGAUUCAGAUGAGGGUCAGAUGCCUUGUCAAUCCCAGCAGGUAUACAAGAGGGAGAUCGCCCUGACCACCUCUUGGACAAAUCCUUUUGGAUACCCCCUCCCAUUUUGUUAAAAAUGAUCUGAUUCCAUCCCAUUGAUUAUUAUGCUGGACUUAUCUCUGGCAUGUACAUAUCAGGACUGGGUUCACCCUGUAGCAUAAUUAAAAUAUAUCUGUAUUGAGUUUGGUUGUCUGGCCCAGAGUUGUCCAGUCUCUCCUGGGUUGUUCUUUCAUACUCCCCAUUAGUUGCCACCAGAGUUUUUUUCAGCCGGAGCUCACUGGAGCUCAGUUCUGGUACCUCUCAGGUGAGUGCCACUGCCAUUCUAAGAGAGAAAGUGUGAGCUCCAAAACUUUUUCUAGAAAAAUAGCACUGGCUGCCACUAUAUAAUGGCUGGAGUUGGUGCGAGUGGUGGGCAGUUGUGUGGCCUGUGAUGGCUGCUUGAUGCUGGUUUCCCAGUAUGCUGUGUGUUAGUGUCAGUCAUGUCUAGGAAAACAAAUCAUCUAUUACUCCUAGUGUGCCUGGGGUGCAGUGGGGGGAGGAGAAGAAGCUCAUUGUAAGAAUUCUGUUCAUGGAAUAUACAAGACAAAUAAUAGGAUUUAUCAUUGCUAUUUUAAUAAUAUCAGGAAGCGUAUUCUGAGUCCCACCAUCUUCUGAGGUAAGGUGGGUUGUGACUGAAGACAGACCAUUUUAGUUUUGGAAAGUUCUGGAAUUUGUUCCUCAAGGAAGUUGCCAUCCCUGUUUUCUUAAUUUACCCCUGCUUUGGAGUAUUUUUUAGCCUAUUUAUACUGACAUUUUAUACUACUGUGGUCUGAUUUGUAGCAGGGUGGGUUGUUUCUUUAAAAGUAUGUUAUUCUAUUUUAAUUUUCUGAAAACUCUGAGGCUAUGCACACACCAUUUAAAGCACAUUAAAAGCACACCCAUACCCACAAAGGAUUCUGGGAACUGUAGGUCACACCACAUAGUACCCCUUAACAAACUACCGUUCCCGUGAUUCUUUUAAAAUUUAAAUUAACAUUCUUUGUCACAUACAAAAAGCCAGCACAUUGUAACAAAGAAUUCUCAGUACUUCAGUGUUAUCAUGGUAAACAAGUCCUUUGAAAAGAUUUACACCAUGUUCUUAAAACAGUUGUGCCUGAAGAUCAGCCUGCAAUGCUGUCAGACACAGUGCAAUACUAAUGUAAUGUCCUGUUCAGAGAUGUUGUGCUGCCGUUGAACUGCUCCAUUCUAAGCACAUAUUUGCUGGUGCAGCAAAUCUUGGGAGACUAAUGCACUCAGUAAAUUCUGCAUACAAAGGAACCCUUGUCCUUGAUAGCAUUGCAUUGUAGCUGUACUACCAAUUUGAAAGGAGCAAGGCCCCGCCACAAAAUAAAUGGCCUAGGGCAGGAAAAAAAACAUGUACUUCAUAAUUGUUGUUUUAUGGUUGUGAGGAGAUAUCAAAAACCUGGAGAGACAGGGAAUGGAAUGAAAGUGGCUGGAACCCUAUUCAAUGUGUCAAUAUGAAUGGAAGUUGUUAAAAUUGCAGCUGCGAUAUAAGGGGCUGUGGGUUAAACCACAGAGCCUAGGACUUGCCGAUCAGAAGGUCAGUGGUUCGAAUCCCCGCAACGGGUAGAGCUCCUGUUGCUCGGUCCCUGCUCCUGCCAACCUAGCAGUUCGAAAGCACGUCAAAGUGCAAGUAGAUAAAUAGGUACCGCUCUGGCGGGAAGGUAAACACCGUUUCCGUGCGCGGCUCUGGUUCGCCAGAAGUGGCUUAGUCAUGCUGGCCACAUGACCAGGAAGCUGUACGCCGGCUCCCUCGGCCAAUAAAGCUAGAUGACGCCACAACCCCAGAGUCGGCCACGACUGGACCUAAUGGUCAGGGGUCCCUUUACCUUUACCUAGACUGGAGCAUAAUUGGAAUUUAUAAGACUUUGGAAUGCAUCAAACCAUUCAUUCUAGCACAUGGGGGCACCUAAAUUGUAUAAUUUGACAUUUCAGUGAUUAGUAUUAUUAAUUGUAUGAUAAUUUGGCAUUGUUAUAAUGAGACUGUUAUUGGAUUGUUGUAAUUGAAAACUAAUAAAAAUUAUUAUCAAAAAUAAAAAAAAGGAAUGUGGCUGGAACCUGUAAAGGGAGCUUUUCACAAUGAAACACUUUGUUGUAGGCCCUACCUGUUUCUCCUUAUUAUUAAGAAAUCAGAAACUCACAGUAGUUGAAAGAGUAACUCUUAAUCCUCACCAUUCCUCUUUUUCUCCUUCUCUUCCUUCCUGUAAUAUAUUCACCUGCAUGUACACAUUUACAGGCACAUACACCUGAUAAGAUCGUUAUUCUUCUGCUUUUCCUUCUAGUCUAAUCAGAUGCAAAAAGGCAAAUAGAAUGCAAAUAAUGGAAUUAAGCUGACUGCCCUCCUUGAAACGACAUUCUGUCACACAAAAUGUAUACCACUAUUGAACAGCUCAAUGCAGUGUAGAAACCAAGAAAACUCUAAUAAUUGCAUGCAGGUAGAAACAAAAUGGGCAGUUUGAACAAUCGGAGCUCACCAGAGCAUUUACUUGCGAAAAGAAGGGGUAUGGUUGAAUCGCCAGCUUCAGUUAUGCCUUGCAAUUUGCAAUCUGAAGAAUGCAUUUUUGAAAAAAGUUGUACUUUAAUUGUAUAUCAGGGGAAUGACUGUGGCCCAGAGCGUCUGCUUUGCAUGAAGAAGAUGCCUGCUUCAGCUGUAGGACUUAGGAUUGAGAGACACCACAGUCUAAAAUGCCGGUGAUGAAAUGCUUGGGAGAAAUUCAAUUCAGUCCACAUUUAAAGGCAUAUCUACCUACCCGUAUUUUUCGCUCUAUAAGACGCACCAGACCACAAGACGCACCUAGUUUUUGGAGGAGGAAAACAAGAAAAAAAAUAUUCUGAAUCCCAGAAGCCAGAACAGCAAGAGGGAUCAUUGUGCAGUGAAAGAAACAAUCCCUCUUGCUGUUCUGUCUUCUGGGAUAGCUGUGCAGCCUGCAUUCACUCCAUAAGACACACACACAUCCCCCCUCACUUUUUAGGAGGGGAAAAGUGAGUCUUAUAGAGCAAAAAAUACGGUAAUUCACACUUUCCAAAACAAUAUGUCAACUAAAACACAGAUAACCCUCAAAAUUUGCACUUCUCUGAAUUUUGCAAUGAUGAUUUCCAUUCAAGUAAUGUGUUCCAGAGUGCUUUUAAUAGAGCAUGUGUAGAAAUGGAUAUAGGGAUGAAAUAACAUACAAUGAUGUGUAUUAGAAUAAAAUGUUUCGCAAAAAUGCAUCCAUUAGAGAAAAUUGCAUACUAAGUCAUGAAUAUUCAUUAAAUAAAACAACAUAGACAUAUUCAUUCUGUUAGAGAAAAUUGCUUGUGAAAAUAUGAACAUUAGAUUAGUCACAACUGCAUAUAAAAUGGGAAACUGCGUAUAUUAGGAAAUUUGCCCUACAAAAGUGAUGAAUUUUCAUGAAGAAAUUGCUGUGGAAGUAGGGAGAAUUUAAGAUUGGGAAAAUUAAGACACUGAGAGAACCAAAACUGACAGAUAAGUCCAUUUAAUGGUGUCCAUUUGUCAGAAGGUUGGGAGACCUUCUAGGGGAGAAUUUUUGUGGGUGGAGGUGGGGAUAUUCAGGGCAGAGGAGAUGAAGCAAAGUCCCAUUGCCUGUGGAGAAGUUUGUCUGUGUGGCAUUGGAUAUCACCCAAAAUUUAGGAAAAUUUUUAAAACCAAGUUGGAAAAUGCAAUAUGAAGAAGCUUAUGUAUAUGUCAGGCUUUGGGGGAUCAGCUUCCUUCCCCAUGGCUGUAAAUAAGAUCAAACGAAAGGAAGUCUUACCAGUUAGAGUCUUUAAUAAUCACAGUGAGAGACAAAAGACCACGUCUCCCUAGAAAUGGUGGUGCUCCCAAUUAAGGUUCACUCCCCCUCUCCAUCCCUAUUAAUCUAUAUCACUCCUACGUCUUGUAAACUGAGCUUGUACCCUCUGCGCUUUUUCCCCAGAGACUUUCUGAGCUCUUCUCGACCUUGGGGAGGGUGGUAGAGGAAUGCUGUCCAAUGAUUGUGAAUCUGUUAACCCUCCCUCUCCCAGUGUUUCUUCUUCUUCUAGCUGUUCCCCAUCCAUUAUUUCCCAGCUUCUGCCUUCUGAACUAUGCCCAUCUGCAAACCACUGUUCCAAAUCUACACUAUCCUCCUGCUCUUGGGAAGAUCCAGGAUCGGGGGGAGGGGGGCUCCAACCAUUCUUCUUCAGUGCAGCCCUCCUCAGCACGGUCCCUGACAGUAUAUAAAAGACACUGUAAUUAGUACAGGGAUAGUGGGAGACAAAUGUGAGAUCAAUAUCACAGUCCUAAGCACUUUUACUUGCAUUCAGUGGGACUUACUCACUGGGGGAUGUGCGUGGGAUUGUUGCCUGGAUGAAUGUGUCAAGGCUGGUGAUCUGAAUGCACUUGUUUUCAAUCCAGAAAGAAGCACAGCCUACACAGAUAUAUGAUUAUUUGAACUGGAAACUCUCAAUUGCCCCAUAGACAUCUGUAAAUUGGUUUGUAGCCCAGUCUUUCUUACUAUUGGAAUAUUUUACUGUUUUUAAAGAAAUUAAACUGCAGCAUGUUAAUCCUCCCAAGACCCUUUAUAAAUGCACCAUGGGAAAAUGUUCAUUUCCAUUAUAUUUCUGCAAGGGUAAAAUGUUAAGAAUAUCAAUUUACUAAUAAUUGGGAAUAUUAGCUUGCAUACUGAUUUUCUCUGUGGACUCUAAAUCCUUAGGGAACAAUAUAUUCUGGAAAAAAUAAUUGCUUUGAGUUGCCACCACAAAUUAAUUUGAUCCCAUUCAGCGUAAAAUAUUGUAACGAGCUGCACAAGUUGCAGCCAAGUUUUCAGAUUUAUAUACCUUGAAAGGUGGUGUAAUGGAUUGAGCGCAAUAAGUCUGAUAUAGUUACCUCAGAGAGAAAAAGAAGUAGAGCAUAAACAAUUACCUUGCGUUCAGCUUUAAACAUCCUGACACUACAUAUAAUUCAAAGAGCAAUGGAUACCAGCAGGCUGGAGAAAAGGAGAGGGCAAGCUUAUCUCAUCUUUGGUAAAAGGGGCUUAAGAUGUAUACAAGUAUUUAGAACAGGUUAGUUUCCAGCAGACUUAAAAGGUAAAGGUAAAGGACCCCUGACCAUUAGGUCCAGUCGUGACCUACUCUGGGGUUGCGGCGCUCAUCUCGCUUUAUUGGCCGAGGGAGUCAGCGUACAGCUUCCGGGUGAUGUGGCCAGCAUGACUAAGCUGCUUCUGGUGAAACCAGAGCAGCGCACGGAAACACCAUUUACCUUCCUGCUGGAGUGGUACCUAUUUAUCUACUUGCACUUGACGUGCUUUUGAACUGCUAGGUGGGCAGGAGCUGGGACCGAACAACAGGAACUCACCCCCAUCGCAGGAUUCAAACUGCCGACCUUCCAUUCGGUAAGCCCUAGGCUCUGUGGUUUAGAUCACAGUGCCACCCACAUCCCUUAUCAUCUACAAUACUGUCUUAUUUAUUUUAUGGUACAUUACAUUGAUUAUUGCUUUCAUUUUAUGGAUCAAUGGUAUGGUCUCCUUAGAUAGUAAAAUUCGUGUUAAAUUACUGCUUUAGGUGUUGUUUGUUUUGCAUUACUUUCUAUGGGAAAGCGCACCUUGGUUUUGGAACGCUUUGCUUUUGGAAUGGACUUCUGGAAUGGAUUAAGUUUAAGAACCACGAUACCACUGUAUCUGAAUCCCUUGUCUUCUGCCAUUACUCUGGCUCUGGCUCGUGUGACUUCACAUUCCACCACCUCCAGGGUGAAUUGUGAACCUCAUAAAUUUCCACCAAGAUGGAUUCUCGAUCUAAUUCGUCUUCUCCUUUGUUUCCACAUAAAUUCUACCCCAUAAAUUAGAUCUUGACUUAUUUCACAGAAAGCAAACUAUGAAAGCUUCUUGUGUUUAACCUCCGAGGGCUGGCUUAUGAGCAAGCAUGUUAACAGGCUCUUCAACAGCAAAAUGGAGGUCCUCAGGCAAGGCAAGGAUUUUGAGAUAAAUUUAAGUGGCUUCUUCUUGUCAGGGCAUUACAUGAUGCUUACAGUUCUAAGGUUGUUUAUUUGUUAUUGUUCAUUUAAAGCACCGGAUCUCAUCUGAGGAUUUUCUUCCCCCCUAACUGUUUCAGGGCUGUCCAGUAUGAAAGAGAAAUGAUUUCUGCAAGGCCAAUCCAAGUACAGAGUGAGCUUGUGAUAACGUUCGAUGUUUCCAUUUAAAUCAGAAGUGGGGAAUCCAUUGUCACAGUUCAAGGACACAUUGCAAAAACGUUUGAUGAGGACAUGGAGAAGGCCAAUGAUGGAUGUGAACUGCGAAGGAUGCAUAUCCUCAGGAGAAUCCUGCAAGUCAAAUAGCAGACCUUCCAAGUGUCCCUAUUUUCCAGGGACAACCCGGAUUUAUAGAAGCUGUCCCUGUUUCUGAUUUGAUCCCAGAAUGUCCCACUUUUCCUUAGGACGUCCCUAUUUUGAUUGGAGAAAUGUUGGAGGGUAUGGGGUUAUGCGACCCGCCCAAGCCAAGGAAAUAAGUAACGAUACAACCUUUAGAAGACACCUGAAGGCAGCCUUGUAUAGGGAAGUUUUUAAUGUUUGAUGCUUUAUCAUGUUUUUAAUAUUCUGUUGGGAGCCGCCCAGAGUGGCUGGGGCAACCCAGUCAGAUGGGCGGGGUAUAAAAAAUAAAUUAAAAAAACAGUUGUACCUUGGUUCUCAAAUGCCUUGGUACUUAUAUGUUUUGGCUUCCGAUUGAGUGCAGGAAGCUCCUGCAGCCAAUCGGAAGCCGUGCCUUGGUUUUCGAAUGUUUUCAGAAGUUGAACGGAUUUCUGGAAUGGAUUAUCUUUGAGAACCAUGGUACGACUGCAAUAAAUUAAAUUAAUUAAAUUAAAUUAUUAUCACUGUUGUUACUAUUAUUAGUAGUAGUAUAUAGGGCAUCCCUAUUGUUAUCAAAGAAAUGUUGGAGGGUAUGAGUCUAGAAGGUCAGAUUCAGCCCCUGGGCUUGAGGUAGCCUGUUACUGCUUAAGUUCUCCCACACCCCAUGAUUUGUCCUGUUCCUGUACCACCAAUUAUCUUUCAUAGGAACGGCCAUUUUGACAGACCCUGGGCUACCUUUAAAAAUAAAUAAAUCAUCCAGUCAGUGAAUAAUUCCAAUUUUUUAAAAAACCUGCUCAAGAUUUUGGGGCUUGUGCAACUGGAAGUCCUGAUCCAUUCUAUCAGUUGUGAGCAGGAUUGCCCAGUGUGACAGUGUGUUCUUCAAACUGGGGAGCCUGGCAGGGCUGGUGGCAGGGAUGUGACGAGCAGGGAGCUGCUACCUUGCAAGUCCAUAUUCUUCCACCUUUAUCACACGAGGGGGGAAAUGACUAAAUAGGGUUAAUGAGCGAGGGCAAUGGAUUAUUCUGAAAGAAAUUCUCAUUUCAUCACUUCCUGCAAGCAUUUAGGAAUAAUGAUCUAUAACGGAAUGUGCUGUGAUUAGAAUCUUUUUCCUGAUGUCUGGUAUAUGCUGAUAUAGAAAACCAAGUAAGCAGCACACAUUUAAAUGUUUAUAUUUUAUUAAGGUGAUUUCAAUUAAAAGAAAUAAAGCAAUACUGGGUGGGGGGAGAAGGAAAAGUGAGAGGGAGGAAAAACAACAACAGAACAAAACAACAACAAAAGAGUAAAUAGCACACAUAUGCUCUUUGUUAGAUAUUUGCAUUCAGGAUGCAAAGAGGUAUAAAUGAUUGGAUGAUUUUUAUUGAUAAGCUGUCAGGGCCGUUGAAAUUUUAACAAACACCAUAAAAGAGCAGCUGCGUGUCAGGC